CCACACCUACCUUCCUUGACUGGCUGGGCUUGUCAGUGCUCACGCCCGUACCUGUUCACUAGCACAGGGAGCAAGACACCUGUCAGACAAACUUUCCCUCUGCACACACUGGUCACAGACUCCACUCAGCCGGGUGAACGUGUCUCUGCUGGAUAUAAGUGAAAGCAGGUGGUCUGUAAAGAUAACAGAACAAGGAAGACAGAAAAUCCUCGAGAACAAGCAUGUCGAAAGAGGGGGACAAAGAAAGUGUGUUUCGUACCACCAAAGUGAGGACCAGGCUGAGGGAUGAUGGCAGCUGGUUGCAGCGGCAUAGCAGUGAUGAGAAUGCUAAAACCAGCGAGGAGAAGCCAUGGCUAGCAGAAGUGAGGGCCCGCCGAGAGAACGGAGCCCCCAUUGAGACCAGUCCGGUGUCGUCACCUACAAAAUCCACUCCGCCACCCACCAAGCCUGUCCCUGAAAGAGCACCAUCAUCAGGAUACUUGAUCAGAGGUGUUUUUACUAAAAUGGACAAGCCUGCAUCUCCCACAACAACUAAUGGCAUUAGUGGAACAACAACAACACAAUUCACCAAAAAACCUUCAGAGAGCUACAAGAAAAUAGCCCCCUACACUGUGAGGCCCACUUCAGAGAACCAGGACGGCCAGCUUAGCAACGAGGAGCAGGAGAAACGGACGGAGGCAGCCAGCAGUGUUCUGAAGAAAUCUGCAGUCAGGCAACGGUCUUAUGUGCUUUCUGCUGCUAAGAAAUAUGAGUCUAAAGAACCUGACACCUCAUUGGUCAACAACAGCGUAUCAUUCGUGGCUAAAAGGGUGGAGAUUUCUGAUGAUGAUGAGAGUGCUCCGACUCCAGCACCUGCCAGCACUCUGCCCCCCUCCCCGGUCGUCCCAGUCACAUCUGUUGCCUCAGCGCCUGAGCCCAGACCACAGGAAAUAGCUGACACCAGUGUUAAGACAGCUGUGGAUGUUGCCGUUAAUGAGCCAGUGGCACCAAAGGUGGAGGAGGUCGCCCCAGAGCCUGUGAAGGAAGACCCUCCUCCAGCGUCUGUUACUGUUAAAGAUCCGUUUGAAGACAUGAUACCAGGGUGCACCAAGGUGGCCACUCCUCUCCCCGAACUCAAGCCUGAGUUAGUUCAAGCAGUCUAUACAGAGCCAGAACCGGAGGAUUCAAACGUUCCUGGGCAAGCUGACAUGCCUCUGGUUGAUCUCACCCCAGUGUCACCAACCCCACUAUCACCCACUCCAGCAACCCCGCCCCCAGUCCCAGCUGUCCCAGAAUCCCCUGCCCCACUGUUUCCUGUGUCUCUUGCGCCUGUGUCACCUGUCCGAAUGUCUGCUGUAACAGAGAUCACAGUGAAGACUGAACCUGAACCAGAACCUGAACCUGAACCAGAACCAGCAUCAAAUCCGUUUCCACAGCCACGCUCCGGUGUUGACACGCUCACCACCUUGUCCGACACUCUCAUUUCUUUCGACACAAGUUCAACCAGCUUUAAGGAUGAUGAGCCAGUGCUGGCAAAGGAAGAAGGAGGCUCAGCGGACGUUAAUGCCACAGAGGACAGUGAUGAAGAGAAGCCAACUCCAGAAAUCAGCAGCUGUACAGGAGAAAUAGACGAUCUCCUGGAUUUAACUAAUGGUCCAGAGGAGUCAGCAGAGCCUGUUCCCGCCAGCCCAGGACGCUGGAGUCAGUUUCUGCUUAGCGGACUAGACGGUGAGUCAGACCCAGAAAAGACCAGUGGCUCCCUGAAUCUCCUGGCUGAUGAUAUCAUUCCAAUCAACACAGAGGCACGCAGCCUCAGCACCCAGCGAGAGGAGGAGAAACAGACAGAUGAGACAGCCGAAGGAACACAAAGCCCCACAGAGACAGUCACUAUAACCACCAAAACUGUGAUCAUUACUGACAAACGCCAAGAGGACAGUGCAGCCCCGUGGAGCUCACGUGUGACAACCACAGUCACUGAAUCAAGCUCGGCUGAUCCGUUUGAUCCAUAUCCGUUAGGGACCACAUCCUCUAACAGCUCCUCUGACCUGCUGCAGCCCCUCUCUGAUACUUCCAUCAACAGUGCGCCACCUACUUUCCUGGAGAGCAACGAUCCAAGUCCAGAGACCAAUAGCAGCAGCAGUAAUGCCUUGGAGUCCCUCGCAGACAAUGUCAACCCUAUCAGCUCUGACACUACAAGUCUCAUCCCUCAGCGGUCAUGGGCACGCACAUGGGAAACCAGCACACCUCAGCAGGCGAACACAGAAGAGAGCCAAGAAGCUGCACCGGGAGGCCAAACUGUAGAUCAAGAGACGCUGGUCAUGUUUGAGAGAAAGUCCACUGAGAAUGACUCCCCGUGGGACAGGUGGACAUCACCCACAGUCUAUACUAUCACUACUACCAGAGGAGAGGAAGAGGAGGAGGAGGAAGAGGAGGAGGAAAGCUCCAGGGAUACACAGACAGAGACAGUCACCACCAUCACCACUGUCAGUUGUGAAAGCUAUUCCAGGCCUGUGACUGUAGAAGACCAGCGUGUCCACACACCAGAACCUGAGGCCAAAAAGGGGUUUGUGUACCUGAAGGAGUAUGUCAGUGCAUCAGAGCUGGCCUCACAUAAUGCCAAAGACAAUAUUGACAGUGGCUCAGAUUAUUUGACAUCAAGCUCCACCAGUUACUCUUACAGCAUCCCCUCCCCUUACUCCAGGUCGCUGUCAUCCACCUGUACAUACUGCGGGGAGCUGGUGGGCAAUGAUGCCAAGAUCUCCAUCGAGCACCUCAAUAUCAACUGCCAUCCCACCUGCUUCAAGUGCGAGAUGUGUCGUAAGCCAAUGGGAGACCUUCUCGACAGCAUGUUCCUACACGGUGGGAAAGUCCACUGCGAGACCUGCUACUCCAGAGCCUUGGACUGAUUAUCGAAGCUCUUCAGCAGCCUCUUAUCCUCGUCCCCUUCCCUUCAUGUUCAUUUGCAUAUAAAGUGAGAACUGCUCUUUCACAAAGUUUGGCCCGUGUUGGGUCUGAACUCAGGAGUUAUGUGGUUUAGGGUGAUCAAAGAGGACGUUAUAGUGAACAAUACGACCAGUACAUGUUGAUUCUUACUUUAAAUUUCUAAUUUCUCAUGUUAUACGAGCUUGUGUUGU